AUGAGUGCCCGCCAACACCUCCACAUAGGGGUCUUCAUCCCCUCUGCUUCGGCAGCGCAGCUCCUCGACACUGCAUGCAUCGACGUCUUCGCCAUCAAUUCUUAUCAAUAUCUCUCAUCAAUGCCUAUGGUUCCCUCGCACCUAUCCUCUCUGGCACCGGAAAUCAAAAUCUCAUAUAUUGGCAGCCAGAAGCCAGGCUCCCUCGUCAAGCUGACCGCGGACAUGAAAAUCGAGCUCGGCAACCACUUCUCUGACGGAGACGUCGCCCCGGGAAAGUUGGACGUCGUGCUCGUGCCUGGCCCUGACCCCCGGGAUACCUGGGACGAGGACGUCCUGUCGUGGCUACGCCAGCAAGGCGCGACGCCAGGCACAGAUAUCCUCAGCGUCUGCACCGGCAUAUACCUCUGUGCCGCGGCAGGGCUGGCGGACGGGCGGACAGUAUGUGGGCCGAGAGGACUACAGUCCGAGCUGAGGAAGAAGUACCCAAAGGCGAACUUUGUCGGCGAGAAGCUGAGGUGGAAAAGGGAUGGGAACUUCUGGAGCAGCGGGGGUGUUACGAACGGGAAUGACCUGGUCGCUGCCUACUGCCGGGAGAGCGGACGCUUCCCGGGGCCGGUCGCCGAGUUCGCAUGUGUGAUGGCCGACGUAGGGGAUCGGCCGCAGCUAUAUGAGCAGAGUCAGGGCGCGUACACUGUUGGUAUAGUGUGGCAGCUGAUCAAGGCGUGGUUCCUGGGCGUUGGCAAGACCAAGGCGAAGACUGCUUGA